AUGCCAAAGACAGAGAAGGCGAAGCCGAAACGCGCGUGUCCCCUCGAGAAGCAGCUGGCGUUCGAUAACAAAGCAUGGUACGACCACAAAAGCAGCAGCAAGUUCAAGACGGACGGUCCGUCUUCGAAUGGCAGGAGUCUCGACGACGACAUGGACGAGGAUCAAGACGUGGUGCCUGAAAAGUUGAGUCGCCGGACGUUGGCGCUCGCUCGACAGCAGCAAGUCGAAGAGCAGCAGCUGCAACAGCGGGAACGCGCACGGCAGCUGAGUACCAAAGGGUCAGCCAUUACCACUAGAGCAGGACCGCAAGAGGACAAGAGCAGUGACGAGUCCGACGAGGAGGAGCUGGAUGCAGCUGGACAGGACGAAGACAUGGAUGAAUACGACGGACAGGACGUUCUUGUGCGCAUGAAUGGAGACUAUGUUGAAGAGAUUGAGAUGUGUGACGACGACGAGGAAGCUCUGGCAGCGUUUAUGGUGGGCGCCCCUGAGCGUCGGAAUCUCGCCGAUAUUAUCAUGGACAAGAUUUUUGAAAAAGAGGCACGUGAUCGUGGAGAGGGUCGGGAAAAUAACGACGAAGACGGUCAAGCUGUGCAACGUGGCAAGUUCGAUGCUAAGAUUGUGCAAGUUUAUACGGGUGUGGGCAAGAUUCUGCAUCGCUAUACGUCGGGCAAGUUGCCCAAAGCGUUCAAGGUCAUCCCGAGCUUGAGUUACUGGGAAGAUAUUUUGUGGCUCACGAGUCCGGAAAAGUGGUCACCACAUGCCAUGCGAGCAGCUACGCGCUUGUUUGCGUCCAACUUGAACCCCAAGAUGGCGCAGCGCUUUUUCAAUAUUUUCCUGCUCGAGCACGUACGACAAGACAUUCACGAGAACAAGAGGCUGAACUUUCACUUGUAUAUGGCGCUCAAGAAAGCGCUGUACAAACCACAGGCCUUCUUCAAGGGGAUCGUUAUCCCGCUCUGUGAGAGCCGGAAUUGUACGCAGCGAGAAGCCGCAAUCAUCGGUAGUGUGCUGUCCAAGGUGUCGGUGCCUGUGAUACAUUCUGCAGCAACGUUGAUGAAGCUCGCGUCCAUGGAGUACGCAGGGGGCAACAGUAUGUUCAUCCGGGUGCUGCUCAAUAAGAAGUACAGUCUACCCACGCGCGUCAUCUCCGAGUUGAGUCAGCACUUUGUCCGCUUCACGUCAGACACGCGCAAGCUGCCCGUGUUGUGGCACCAGUCGUUGCUCGUGUUUGCGCAGCGCUACAAGAAUGAUAUCCCCAAGCAGCACAAGGAAGCGAUGAAAGCGCUGUUCAAGCAGCACUUUCACCACCAGAUCACGCCCGAGAUUCGUCGCGAACUCUACAACGAGAUGUAG